AAAAAUGUUUACUUUUUCUUCUAUCGCAAAAAGAUGUGCAAGACCGUUUGUGUUCUCAACUCGUACUCUUAUUGAAGAAGGACCUCCUGAUGCAACUCCUUUGAAUUCUCCUAUUGAGGGUCAAGCAAAAUAUAUGAAAAGACCAGCUGUCAUCCCAGUUGUUGAAUCUAGCGGGAAGGAGACUGUAGACGUUAUUGGUGAAAGGCACAAAUUGCCUGCAGUUAUCCCAGUUGAAGCUGACUCGAAUAAAGAAGUUAUGGAUAUUGGGGGAGUGCCUGAAGAGCAUCGAGAGGGAAGACGCGCAGUGAUUUAUAAGCCUGCCAGAAAUGCAAUGCAAUCGGGUUGGAAUAAUGUUGUUACUUGGAAGAUUGAAUUAGACAAUCGAGAACGUUGGGAGGAUCAGACGAUUGGUUGGUGUAGCAGUGGAGAUCCAUUGAGUAAUAUCAAUAUGGCUUUGUCAUUUGCCUCAAAAGAUGAUGCAAUUAACUUUUGUGACAAAAAUCGUUGGGCCUAUGAAAUACGUGAACCUGAGGAGAGAAAAAUUGUGCCAAAAGCUUAUGGUUCUAAUUUUCAUUGGAAUAAACGAACGAGGGUUUCGACUAAAUAA